UGCCAGAAAUACCCGUGCCUUCUUUGCAUAAAUAUCCCUACGGUCAGCGGCGGCGGUUUUAACUCCCUUCCAUACCUACUUUACUCGCCUCGCUUCCCUUGCUUCAGGCGCUUCACCCGCUCUGGCCACUUCCUGUAAAAAGUACCCCUCGUAUGCUCGUAUCGCGUCGUAUCGCAUCGCAUCGCGUCGUGUCGUGUCGUGUGGUGCGGCACGGUGAGGUGAGCGCAUGUAUUGUACGUGCGCGAUCUACACUCGAUCACAGGACCCUGUCUAUCACGCCCUCGGCCUUUCCGCUUCUCCGCUCUUCUGCGUGGGUGCCGGGAUGCUGUUGCCGGUGCCGCUCGUCCGGGUUUGGUGCCGAGGGUUUAAACGUGUGCUGUUUUUUGCUGCCGUUCCUUUCCUUUUCCUUUUCACUUGUGUAUGGGGGAAAGAGUAGAUCGACCGCGAGCGGGGCAGAUCGGCGUUGGGGGGUUUGAGGGUUUUAGGUUUUGGGGAGAUGGUGCUGAUGGGUU